AUGAUGCAAUCGGUAACGUUCUGUGGAGCGGAUGGGGUAAAUCCUGAAGCAUUCAGGGUUAGCGCUGGUCCGGAGUUUGCGCUCCCACGACAGCGGAACCCUAAAUACUGGGCACAGAUUCCGAAAGAUAGAACCCAAAGAGACCUACGUAGCAGUGGUCAAAUGUCUUCGUCUUCAUUCACGGUCGAUGAAGGCAAACUCGCUGGCUUUGUGGGAGAAUCGGUUCUAUACGGAUGCUCAACAACAUUACUCCUUGCUACGAUAACGCUACUUCUGUCCCCUAAGCGGAAGUUUGAGUACGGCCACAAUAAAACGACAAGGCUGAUUCUGCUCAUCAUAACAUCCAUGCCUCUUAUCUUGACUACGCACUGGAUUAUUGAUUUGUCCAGAAUAUGGAGUGCGUUUAUUGGUCGUAAAAGCGCGCCGGAGGGGUCUCUGUUUUUCUUUUUUCGACUGUCUGAACCGCGGAAUGUUGCAAAACUUGCAAUUGUUAUGGAAGAAGGAGUAUUUAUGGACAUGAUUUUGGUACACAAAAACUAUAUCACCAAAUUCCUGACUAAACUAGCGAUGUUCAGACCUAUCGUGUCUAUUCAAUACGGAGCGGAAGUAAACUUGCUGCCACCAUCUCUGUCUACAACAAGUCUGUGGUGUUGGAGAAGUGGUGGCCUACUCGCGGUACAAGACAGCGACAGACAUCUUUACGAGCUCGAUCGGCCGGUACAUAGUCAUGCUUCUAGUAAGCCACUCAUACCCGUCGCAAUCGAGAGCGCUUUGAUACUGGGUCAAGUCCAACGUGCAAUUCAUGUCGAUUACAAUGGGAAUCUCGUUCGGCAUGAUCAUGGUGCGCAUUGGUCUCAGUGCCACAGUACUGCAAGCGCCUACGGUAUUCAGCCCUCAAGUAUCUCGCCCUCCGGGAGGUGGCUUGUACCCCAUGGAAGUGCGCAUUACCGAAGAAAUAGAUUCCGAAACACGCGUUAUACAGAAGAGCGCGAGCUCAUGGAUGAAAGGAGGAAGAGCGGACGGUGUACGAGAGUGAUUGCUAGUACGACAGGAUUAUGGAUGCGUGUAAUCAACGAAGACCAGGCAUCUUCAUAG